AUGGACAGCUCGGCUGUCAUUACUCAGACCAGCAAGGAGGAGGCGCGGGGCCCGCUGCGGGGCAAAGGUGACCAGAAGUCAGCAGCUUCCCAGAAGCCCCGGAGUCGGGGCAUCUUCCACUCGCUCUUCUGCUGUGUCUGCCGAGAUGAUGGGGAGCCUCCGCCUGCCCACAGUGGGGCUCCCCUGCUGGUGGAGGAAAAUGGCGCCAUCCCUAAGAGCCAGGUCCAGUACCUGCUUCCCGAGGCCAAGGCCCAGGACUCGGACAAGAUCUGCGUGGUCAUCGACCUGGACGAGACCCUGGUGCACAGCUCUUUCAAGCCAGUGAGCAAUGCUGACUUCAUCAUCCCCGUGGAGAUUGAUGGGGUAGUUCACCAGGUCUACUUGCUGAAGCGGCCCCACGUGGAUGAGUUCCUCCAGAGUAUGGGCGAGCUCUUUGAGUGUGUACUGUUCACUGCCAGCCUUACCAAGUACGCAGACCCUGUAGCUGACCUGCUGGACAAGUGGGGAGCCUUCCGUGCCCGGCUGUUUCGAGAGUCGUGUGUCUUCCAUCGGGGAAACUAUGUAAAGGACCUGAGCAGGCUGGGCCGAGACCUGCAGCGGGUGCUCAUCUUAGACAACUCCCCCGCCUCCUACGUCUUCCAUCCAGACAAUGCUGUCCCAGUAGCCUCCUGGUUUGACAACAUGAGUGACACUGAGCUACACGAUCUCUUACCCUUCUUCGAGCAACUCAGCCGUGUGGACAACGUCUACUCAGUGCUCAGGCAGCCUAGGCCCGGGAGCUAGUGAGGUGUCUUGGGGCCAGGAUCUGCCCCUCACUGAGGCCCAAGCCUCUUCCCAUCAGACUGUGGGAGCCUGCCUGUGCUGUUAACAAAACCUCAUGGGCUAUGCAAUAUCCAUGGCCCUGGGGAAGAGGGUGUCUCCCCUGCCAGGCUGCAUGGAGGACAGAGAGCCCCUGGCCCCUGUAUCAGUGCCUUCAAACUUUUCCCCUCUUCUCAGGGGACCUGGGGGGCCCUGCCUGUUGCCGCCCCUCUGUCUUCUCCAUGCUGCCAUGUUUCUCUGCUGCCAAAUUGGGUGUCAUACCCCAGCUCUGCUUUGGGGGUAGGGGCAAGGUUUUUGCGGCCCCAUGCCUUGGAUUGCCCCCAUCCCCAGUCUGGGAACAGUGGACACCAAGUGCCUUGCAUAGAACCCUCUUUGCUGGUCAGCUUUUCUCAGACCUAGGCUGACCUUGGAGGAACCAGCCUCUCCCCUUCCCUCCUCCUCCCUGGGAUGAUGGUGCCCAGCAGUUUCUGCCAGGGAAGAGAGGGAGAAAGUCUAUUAUCACUUGUAAAAGAGGGGACCCUCCUUAGGGAACACUCCCAGUUCAGCUCGUCCAAGGCUGAUGGCUGUACCCUGUA